GUUUGAAGAAACAAGUCAAUAAAAUACAAUCAGCACACUGUUGUGAUGAUGGAUUUGAGGAAGAUAUGCCAACAAUGUGAAAGAGACAUGUAAGAAAAGUAGAUUCUGACUUUUCCUCUAGAUUGAAUAACAUUUUCCUUGCUAAGCCUGGGAAAAACAUGUUCAGUUGAGCUAUACAUAAGUCCGUUUCUUCUGCUUUCUAUCUUCAGACGUUUACCUUAAUGAUGCCGGACUUCUAUGAUAAGGUUGCAGUUCUUAACCGCGAGGGCUGGUCAUGGUGCUGCGAUGGACUCGCUACGUAUAACAUCAUCGGAGCGGCAGCAAUUGUUUUGGCAGCCGCACUAGCCACCUUCUGUUAUGCAUGGUGGACUAACAAAUUCACCAAAAGCAAGCCGCCCCUGCCACCUGGUCCACCAGGCUUGCCUAUACUAGGAAACCUUCCUUUCAUCCAGCCUGAUUUUUAUCAAUACAUUGUCAAACUCUCUCAAAUCUAUGGCCCCAUUAUCAAACUCCAGCUCGGAAGCAAGAUCUGCAUAGUAAUAAGUUCACCUUCAGUUGCAAAAGAGGCCCUCAAAGACCAUGAUGCUAUCUUCGCUAACCAUGACACACCUGCAGGAGCCAUAGUCGGCAUGUAUGGUGGACUUGACAUGGUGUGGAGACCUAAUGGGCCAGAAUUGCAGAAGCUGCGUAAGCUUGUUGUCCGUGAAAUUAUGAGCAAAAGAAGCCUUGAUGCUUGCUACACGCUUCGUCGACGAGAGAUUCGACAAAUGGUGAAGGAUAUUUACGGAAAGGUUGGCUCACCCGUUAACAUCGGUGAACAAAUGUUCCUAACCAGUCUAAAUGUUAUGAUAAGCAUGCUGUGGGGUGAUUCCUUGAAUGGAGAGGAAAGAAGCACGCUUGGGAUUGAGUUUAGGCGACGAUUGGUGGAAUUUGUAGAAUUGUUUGGAACACCUAAUGUUUCAGAUCUUUUCCCUGUUCUUACCCCAUUCGAUUUACAAGGAAUUCAAUCCAAAACAAAGAAGAAUUUAUCGUGGUUUUAUGAGUUUUUUGAAUCAUUGAUAGUACACCGAACAAAGGUUGAACAGGCCGAUGGAGAGGGAAAGAAAAAGGAAGAAGGCAAGGAUUUUCUGCAGCAGUUGUUGGAGCUGAAUCAACGAGGAGAUGAUGAAACCUCAUUAUCCAUGAACGAAGUAAAGGCUUUACUGCUGGAUUUGAUUGUCGGUGCUACGGAUACAACAUCUACCACUGUAGAGUGGGCAAUGACAGAGUUACUGCGACAUCCCAAUAAAAUGAGAAGAGUCCUUGAGGAAUUGGAGGCCGUAGUUGGAAACCAAAACAUUGUGGAAGAGUCUCAUCUUCCUCGACUGCUCUAUUUGGAAGCAGUUGUAAAGGAAACACUUCGAUUGUAUCCACCUGCUCCGUUACUAUUGCCUCGCAAGCCCAGCAUGACUUGCACUGUGGCUGGUUAUACCAUUCCCAAAGAUUCUAGAAUUUUAAUUAAUGCAUGUUCGAUACAAAGAGACCCUGAGUUUUGGGAAGAUCCACUUCAAUUUGAACCUGACAGAUUCCUGAAAGACACUGAGAAAGGUAACUAUCUAGGAAACAGUUUCUACUUUUUACCAUUUGGGUCAGGGAGGAGAAUUUGUGCUGGAAUUCCUAUGGCGGAAAGAAUGAUAACACACGUCUUAGCUGCCCUGGUGCAUUCUUUUGAAUGGAAAUUAGCGGAGGGAACAAAGCUUGAUACACGGGAGAAAUUUGGACUACUUUUGAAGAAAAUGGAACCACUUGCUGCCAUUCCUGCUGCACGACUUUGUAAUUCGGAGCAAUACCAGUAACAUGUAUCUUAUACGAACGUGCAUGUAAACGUGCCUUUGUUCCUUAAAAGAAGGCAAGCACCCCGCCACUUGGUAUCUUUGAGUAAUGAAUAAAUUCCCCAUGCUUUAUCUACUACUCGGCCUCGGCAUGCAGGCUUGACGCUUAAAAGGUGCAUCCAAAAGGGGUAGAAGUAUUAUAUUUUGUUUUCUGCUGCUAAAUUACAGUUAUUGUUGAAGUCUAUGUCUGAAUCUGCUGCUAGACUAAAUAUCAACUGCCGUAUUUUUCUUUCAGCCAAUGUCUUAUAUCUUUCUGCUGAGUUAGAUUUCUGGUUUAUGCCCGAUGCUUUGGUUUGUAUCAUAUGGGACAUGGUUUAAUCGAGAUUUUUUGUGUUUAUUAUUAUUUAUGAGA